GAGAGCCAAAAAGAUCCGAAAUAGCCGGCGAAGGUUACGGCGACGUCGUAAUCCGAUUAGACACGAGGGGUAAAAAUGGGAAACCAGAAAUUAAAAUGGACGGUGGAUGAAGAGGACGCCUUACGCGCCGGAAUUGAAAAACACGGCCCCGGAAAAUGGAAGAACAUUCUCCGUGAUCCCGACUUCGCUCAUCGUCUCAACAAUCGCUCCAACAUUGACCUAAAGGAUAAGUGGCGGAACUUGUGUGUUGCUCCGGGUACGCAAUGCUUAAAGGAUAAGGCGAGAACAACGACAAAGUUCAAAGAAGAAGGCGUUACUCUGGCUUCACUUGCAGCUACUCCACUUCCUAACUCUUCUGCUUCUUCUUCGCCAGCUACUUCUCUUCCACGUAGUGCUUCUUCUGAGUUUGGGGUUGAUAACUUUGGCGUUGAUAACAAGAACGCUCCCAGGUAUGACGCGAUGAUAUUUGAAGCUAUCUCUGAGUUAGCGGAUGCGAAUGGUUCUGAUGUCGGUUCCAUCUUCAGCUUCAUCGAGUCAAGGCAUGAAGUGCCGCCAACAUUUAGAAGAGUCCUAAGUUCAAGACUGAGGAGGCUAGCAGCUCAGGGAAAACUUUCCAAGGUUAGCAACUCAAAACCUUUACUGAACUUCUACAAGCUACCAGAUCGAUCAGAAACAACAACAAGAACAACUCCUACCCCAAGACUAAAGGAGACAAACAUAAAACCCCGGCAGUCAAACAAUCAACCUCCUGCAGUGUCACAAGAGAUGAUCGACGAAGCAGCAAUAACAGCAGCAUGUAAAGUCGUAGAAGCAGAGAAUAAAAUAAAUGUAGCCAAAGUAGCAGUGGAAGAGUUGGAGAAGACGACUAAGCUUGCAGAUGAAACUGAUCUUCUACUGAAGUUAGCGAAAGAGUUACAUGAACAAUGUUGUCGCGGCGAGGUAGUGGUCCUGGCUUGAGUCUAUGGGGACAUAGUCUCUACAUUCAGCCUUAGGUUCAUAACACUCUUCAGACCAGAGUUGAAGACUUUGGUUUAGUUGUUGUUGAUAUAUAUAUUAAAGAUAAAAGAAGAAGAGUCAAUUUUCAGGAGGCGCGACUCUGUUUUUGUGAGUAAUUUUAGAGGCUUCUCAUAUACAUAAACAUACACUAUUAGUGAGAGAUUUGCUCUUUUGUCAUGAAUUCUUAUUUUUGAAUAGAG